GACACCAUGUGGGUAAGAGAAGACAAUGUGGUGAUGUAUUGUUUCAUAUCAUCAUUGCUAAGCAUUUUCAAUAGCUAGUUGGAGUGUGUCUCAUCUGAAAGGGUUGGGAUAGCGUCGCCAGAAGGCAGACACACGACCUAUUCCCAUGCACUCUUUAUCUCGUUGACAAAAUACCUCCCCGUCUCUCUCUCUCACACGGUUUACCAAGCGUUCAUAUGGAGACAGUCUAGAUCUGUACAGUAGAGGGAAGGUUGUGUAGUUAUUUAACAGAGGAUGUAAGGCCAAGCUGCAUAUAGCAAGAUAGAUGUAUUUUCUAGCUAGCUACUUCAGAGGUUGAAACACACACACAGGGGUCUACAGACGUCCAGCUCAAGUACAUUUUUUGUUGGUGGCAUACACAUCAGCUGAUCCCAGAUCUGUGUCUAAGGGCCACAUAGCCAACUGGACAGGAGCGCCAGGGCCGAGCUAGUUACAACACAGUCCCUACUCUCCAACAAGACAAAUGCCACACACACUGAACAUAAAUAUAAAGGGAGCAUGUAAAAGUGUUGGUCCCAUGUUUUCAUGAGCUGAAAUUAAAAGAUCCCAGAAAAUGUUCCAAACGCACAAAAAGCUUAUUUCUUUCUUGUUUGUUUACAUCCCUGUUAGUGAGCCUUUCUCCUUUGCCAAGAUAAUCCAUCCACCUGACAGGUGUGGCAUAUCAAGAAGCUGAUUAACUAUCAAGAUCAUUACGCAGGUGCACCUUGUGCUGGGGACAAUAAAAGGCCACUCUAAAAUGUACAGUUUUCUGCUCCUUGUCUGGUUAUUGCAGACCCUCAAAUGAACGAGGUGUAGAGUGCAUGGGAUCAGGUCGGGCCUACGCCCUCCCAGGAGUUUGCCCCUGUCCAGUCAUGUGAAAUCCAUAGAUUUAGGGCCUAAUUUAUUUAUUUCAAUUCAUUUGAUUUUCCUUAUUUAAACUGUAAAUCAAUAACAUCUUGAAAUUGUUGCAUGUUGCGUUUAUGUUUUUGUUCAGUCAGCAGAAAGCGAUGUAUUCUUCUCUGUCCAUCCAUCGUGCAGUGUGGUGUGGCGACUCUUCGACUCUGAGGACAAAGGAGACACACAUGAGAAACUGACAAGGAUCAGAGACACACAGAGAGAAGAGGCUUCUCGAUGAUUAUCGCUGAAUAACGGAGAAAUAUGAAUUAUAAGCGAACUUGUGGACAGAUAUUUCUGUGUCUGUUAGUGAGUUCAGUAGCCUGUUGGCAUGAUCUGGAUAACAGCGAGUACGACUGCUGGCCUCUGGAGAAACCUGAUGAACAGAACAUGAUCGACUGCGGAGGGUUAGAGAUGGCGUGGGUGGUACGCCCCCCAGAAGAGGUGAUCAGUGGAGAUGUAUUUAGUGUGACCUACUCUGUUACGGCUCAGGACAGCUUCUACCAGUGGGCUAUGGACCACGACAUCUUCCCACACAGUUCAGUCAGCUCGGCGACAGCAGCCAGGGCGUUCUGUGAGAGCCACGACUGUCCUGCCAACUGGAAGGAUUGUAACGGAGACAACUGCUGUAUUCACCAUGCAAAUAUACACUCCUGUCCCCUGGGAUUCAUGACUACAGAGAGGAUCUGUGGACCGUGGAUCCCUGACGACGGUCGAAUCUUCACACACACUCUAUCUACCGCUGGCAAGAUGACUCAAACCAACUGGACCGCUAAGGUGGUGCUGGUCCAUGCUGGGCUGACCUCUCUCAUAGCUCAUAUCAGAGUGGGACGUAUGCAGGUAGCACUGGAGGCUAAGACCACUGUCCUGCCUGUUAUAGUGUGUGGUGAUGGUGUGUGUGAUGAAGUGGAGGAGGUGUGUUCAACCUGCCCAGCUGACUGUGGGGAGUGUCCCAUGACGGCUGCUAUCAAAGUAGCCAUCGGACUUCCUGUUACCAUAGUGUUCAUUAGCUUCAUCAUUACAGCCACGUGGUUUAAAUACCAGAAACAGAAGAUGCUUUGGGAUGAGAGCUGGAUCAUUGACUUCAGGCAGAUCAAACAUGACCAGAUAGCCAGGACUACUAUGGGCAGUAUCCUGUCUGCCCCUAUUGCUAACAGUGAUUCCAACGCCAGCUGUGUCACUGCUCUCAGCUCCUGCACAACCCAGGCUAACUCACGCAAACAACUGUUCACACACACCGGGAUAUAUGAUGGAAGGACGGUGGCCAUCAAGCGGAUUCAGACCAAGACCUUUUCUCUGUCCAAGACCAUCAGACGAGAGGUCAAGCAAGUCAGGGAGCUGGACCAUCCUAAUCUGUGUAAGUUCUUUGGAGGUUGUGUGGAGAUUCCUAACGUAGCCAUCAUCACAGAGUACUGUCCUAAAGGAAGCCUGAAUGAUGUCCUGAUGAACGAUGAGAUACCGCUCAACUGGGGAUUCAGGUUCUCCUUUGCUACAGAUAUAGCCCGAGGAAUGUCAUACCUCCACCAACACAGGAUCUGUCAUGGCCGCCUCAAAUCACUAAACUGUGUUCUGGAUGACCGCUGGGUCUGCAAAAUCACUGAUUACUGUCUGACCAUCUAUCGAAGGGAGGAUGCAGCAGAACCCCUGUCAUCCUAUCAGAUGAGGCUGAGAGAGGUGUACACGCCUCCUGAGUGCCAGACAUCCAACCAGGAACCGACCCUGCCCGGGGACGUCUUCAGCUACUCCAUAAUUCUACUGGAGAUAGCCACUCGCAGUGACCCUGUCCCAGUUGAGGACAGUUCUCUAGAGAGUGCUUGGUGCCCCCCACUCCCAGAACUAAUCUCUGGCAAAGCCGACAACACCUGUCCCUGUCCCGCAGAGUACGUCGAGCUCAUCAGAAGGUGUCGGUCUCAUAGCCCAGUCCACCGGCCCACCUUCGAGCAGAUCAGGAAGUUCGUCUACCGGAUCAACCCCAAUAAAGUGAGCCCUGUGGACAUGAUGAUGAACCUGAUGGAGAAAUACAGUAAGCACCUGGAGGUCCUGGUAGCAGAGAGGACCCAGGACCUGAUGCAUGAGAAACAGAAAACUGACCGACUGCUCUACAGUAUGCUCCCGAAGCAGGUAGCUGACGAUCUGAGGCAGGGCAAACCAUUGCAGGCCCAGAGUUACGUCAGUGCUACUGUCUUCUUCAGUGACAUCGUAGGGUUCACCCACCUCUCCAGCACCAGUACUCCUUACCAAGUGGUCGACUUCCUCAAUAAGCUCUACACGACUUUUGAUGACAUCAUCGACAACUAUGACGUGUACAAGGUGGAGACCAUAGGGGAUGCCUACAUGGUGGUGUCUGGGAUACCCAGGGAGAACGGGAUUCAGCAUGCGGCAGAGAUCUCCAGCAUGGCUUUGGACCUGGUCGGAGUGUGUCGGACCUUCAGGAUACCACACAAACCCAACACACAACUACAGAUACGGGCCGGGAUACACUCAGGUCCUGUGGUAGCCGGUGUGGUGGGGACCAAGAUGCCUCGCUACUGUCUGUUUGGAGACACGGUCAACACCUCCUCUAGGAUGGAGUCCACCAGCGAGGCCCUGAAGAUCCAGGUCAGCUCCAGUACAUUCUACCUCCUAGAGGAGAUAGGAGGAUACCUGCUGCAAUGUAGAGGGAUGCUGCAAGUCAAGGGUAAAGGGGACAUGGUAACCCAUUGGUUGGAAGGGAAGCUGCCUCUCCAGCCCAGUAAGGACCCCAUUAAGGACCCCGGCACUAAGGUGGCCAGCAGGAAGCCUGCAUCCAGUAUGUCUGUGCUCGACACGGACAGAGACAGAGAGAUGGAGAGAAGAGAGAGGACGGGAGAGAGAGACAGAGAGAAAGAGAUGUACGCCUCAAUCCCUGGGCUCCUCAACCACGACCUGCUGCAGGACUCAGCCUGACCUCUGACCUUUAACCCUUUCCACUGUUGUGUACUCUUAUAAAUGAAUCCUAUCUAUAGUGUGUCUGCUAACACUUCCUGUCCAUGUUGGUGUAUUGUAUCUAUAGUGUCUGCUAACACUUCCUGUCCAUGUUGGUGUAUUGUAUCUAUAGUGUGUCUGCUAACACUUCCUGUCCAUGUUGAUGUAUUGUAUCUAUAGUGUGUCUGCUAACACUUCCUGUCCAUGUUGGUGUAUUGUAUCUAUAGUGUCUGUUAACACUUCCUGUCCAUGUUGGUGUAUUGUAUCUAUAGUGUUUAAUUGUCUUUGUCUUAUAAGAUGUUAAAUAUCUAGACAGCUGUUUUUCAAAAAGUAUAAAUUGAGUUCAAUCAAUUAAAUGUGUGUUUAUUUAGUGACAAAGUUUAAAUGUUUUAAAGUAUUUGAAUUUAUUUGUUCGAUGGUAUGAUGACGCUGAUAUAAAUAAACAUCAUUA